UCGAAAACUUUCACCAAAAGUCGUUGUGUACCUAUAAAAAAAAAAAUAUCUGGCAAAAGAGUGUCGAACUCAAAGGUUCCUCACAACAGCAACAACAAUGGCGAUCACCUCCAUCUCUCUUGCCAAAGCUUUCACCCUUCAUCAUUCACCAGCUUUUCCCCUUUCCUUAUUACACACCAACAACAAAACAUACAAACUCACUUACGGCGCCACGCCGGACAUAACCCGGCAAGAAAAGUUGCAUUUUCCGAGGAUGCGCAAGAUUGUAAUGACGCUGAAAGAAUCCCCUGCUGCAGCAAUGCAAGAGAAGCCCGCAAUGCCUAAUUCGACAGCUCUUGUAACCAUAAAGUUUAAGAAAGCAGGGAAUUUUGCGGAGCUUAUUAGUCGCGGCGUGAAGGCUGCAUUAGGACAGGAAGGUGUAAUUCUGCAGUUAGUGAGCAACGAAGUUGAUCCAAAAACAAUGAAGGCAAAGGUUAGCAAAGAAGUAGUAGUAAAAUGGUCGAAUAGCGAAAAGGUUGAAGGAAAAGGCGAAGGCGAUGAUUGUACUUACAAGGUGAAGUUUGAUAUUGAUCCCGACUUUGGUAUCCCGGGAGGUAUCCAAGUUCGGAGUCAAUGUGACGAAGAGUUCUUCCUAGUGAGUGCAUCGGUUGGAGAAGUUCAAUUCAUUUGCCGAUCAUGGGUGCAGCCGGAAAAGAUCAGCCCGGGGGCGAGGAUCUUCUUCAUUAACAAGGCAUAUCUACCUUCUCAGACUCCAUCGGGACUGAUCGAGCUCCGGCGGCGAGAACUUACCGAUUUAAAAGGCGACGGGAAGGGAUCACGGCUGCCAACUGACAGAAUAUACGACUACGACGUGUAUAAUGACCUUGGCAAGCCCGACGAAGGACCUGAUUUAGCAAGGCCUACUCUCGGUGGUAAUCCAAACUAUCCUUACCCGAGAAGGUGUCGAACAGGGCGCCCGCCAACAGCUACUGACAAGAAUGCCGAGAGUCCGCCAAGCGAUCUGCAUCCCUUGUACGUCCCUAGAGACGAAGAAUACGAAGAACAGAAACAGGAAUUCGUGUCGCAAGGACAGAUGAACCUGCUGCUCCGCAACAUAAUUCCUACUGUGAUAGCUCAAAUAUUCGGCGAGGAGAACUUCUACUUAGCAGUAGAAGUCGACAGCGAACAGGGACGAAGUAAGACCAAAAUAAAAGUCGCGUCGCUCGACAAAGUUUUGAAUGGAAAUCCAUUCUUGAAUAUUCUUCGUGGCGCUCAUGACAUAAUAGAGGGAUCCUUUAACUUGGAUCCUCCGAAGUACAUUUCAAAGGAGUUCGUGUGGGGAUUACCGGACGAUGAAUUUGGUCGACGAGUUCUUGCUGGAAGCAACCCUGUAAGCAUAGAGAAGCUGAAGAUUUUUCCUCCGGUAAGCAAACUCGAUUCUUCAAUCUACGGGCCGCAAGAAUCAGCAUUGAAAGAAGAACACAUAACAAGGUUUUUAGAAGGAAUGUCUGUGAAACAGGCGAUGGAUGCAGAUAAGCUGUUUAUAUUGAACUACCAUGACAUCUAUCUCCCAUUCGUGGAUCGAAUAAAUGCAAUCGAAGGGCGCAAGACGUAUGCGACAAGAACAAUUUUCUUCUUGACUUCAUUUGGAACUUUGAAGCCCAUUGCAAUCGAGCUUAGCCUCCCGGUGUCGGAUGAGAAAGUCUCGUGUAAAAGAGUUCUCACUCCUCCGACUAAUGGCGCCACCGACUGGCUAUGGGAACUCGGCAAAGAGCACGCCUGCACGAACGACGCAGCUGUCGACACCCUUGUUAAUCACUGGAUGAGGAUUCAUGCUUGUAUGGAGCCAUUCGUCGUAGCAGCUCAUCGACACCUAAGCGCGAUGCACCCGAUCUUCAAGCUGCUGCAUCCUCACACACGGUAUUUGAUUAGGACCAAUGCGUUCAAUCGAGAUGGCGUCAUCAACGCAGGUUCAGCUAUCGAGAACUUCAACGCUCCCGCCAAGUAUUGCAAGCAGCUUGGCUGUUCGGCGUAUAAAGAAUAUUGGAGGUUCGACUUGGAAGGCCUUCCGGAAGAUCUCAUUACAAGAGGAAUGGCAGUGCCUGACUCGACGCAGCCCCACGGACUAAAACUUACAAUCGAGGAUUACCCGUACGCGCAGGAUGGCCUCCUUAUAUGGUCAGCAAUCGAAAAUCUGGUGACAAAAUAUGUGAAUUACUACUAUCCAGAGGCAAAUCUUAUUCAGAAUGACACAGAAUUACAAGCUUGGUACAAUGAGGCAGUCGAAACAGGUCAUGCCGAUCGCGCGCAAGCGAAUUGGUGGCCUAACCUCUCGACACAGAGCGAUCUCAUCGGCAUUCUGACAACUAUCAUAUGGAAAGUAACAGGACAGCAUGCUGUCCACAACUUCGGCGCAUAUCCUUACGGUGGCUACUUCCCUGCUCGGCCUCCAUUUAUGAGAAAAUUUCUCCCCUCUGAGCAAGAUCCUGACUAUGAUCGCUUUCUUGCGAAUCCUCGCGAGUAUUUCCUGUCGUCGAUUCCGAGUUUUAUUCAGGCAACACAGUAUGCAUCUGUUCUCGAUACAGGCUCGGCUCAUUCUCCGGAUGAAGAAUACAUUGGAGAGAGGAAAGACCUGUCGAGUUGGGGCGGGGUGCCGGAGAUUUUAGAGGCGUUCGGCAAAUUCUCCAUGGAUAUGAAAUCGAUUGAGGAGGAGAUUGUUCGAAGGAACUCGGAUUCGGGACUGAGAAACAGGUGUGGAGGUGGAGCAUCCCCUUUUGAACUGCUGAUUCCGAGCUCGGAAUCGGGGACGACGAGUAGAGGUGUACCUAACAGUGUAACAUUAUGACAAGAAUUUGAGUGUGUUCAACGAUUUAAAUGGACAAUCGGUGUGUUUAAAUCAUGUUAUAUAGAGGAAAUAAGUCUCCGGGCAUGGAACAUGUAUUGCGAUACACAUUUUACGAAGAGUGUGGAGAAUUUGUGAAACAAAACCACAAUGAUCUAUAUAUUUGAAGCGGUCAAAUCAAGUAUUUUCAUUAGUAUCUUUCUAUGAAUUUGAGAGAGAAUACAUCGAAAAUGUAUAGAUGUCAAAAGCAAAAGCAAAACCUUAGUGCACGUGCCCCAGAAAUUGUACGGACAUAUUCCGUAAGGGAUGGCGUGGAGAUGGACGUGACAGUAAAAUUAUGGGUUGAAAUUCUGAUGCUUUUAGAUUUUGCUUAGCACA